UCUUGAGGCUCCCAGAAUGGUGCAAGUCGGUUAAACUUAAAGAUAAAAGAACUGAGGCAUCGUUUCACGACACACAAAACCUUCCUCGCUUUUCCCAUCCAUCAAGAGAGACACAAUGAAGCUGAGACUCAGAUCUUUGGAAUCCAAAGAAACCAUUAAAAUACAAGUCCCUGAUUCCUGUUCUCUGCAGCAACUCAAAGACACCAUUUCUCACACCAUCUCUUCUUCCUCUUCUCUGCAUCUCUCCCUCAACACAAAGGACGAGAUUCGCGCCUCUUCGCCCGACCAGCCCCUCCACUCCCUCGGCUUCAUCACCGGGGACCUCGUCUUCUACUCUCUUAACCCCACCGCCUUCUCCCCCGAAACCCUAGCCCACAAGCCAGAAACCACUUCCCGCCACGGACCCACCAUCCAAGCCUUGCCGGAGAGCCUUGAUGACGACGCACCUUCGAUUCCCACCACGGAAAAGCCUCCAACUUUGGAUGAUGCGGAAGCGGAUACCGUCGACACGAUUGAUGGGUCUAACGAGGCGGUGGUGGUGAGUACUAAUUCGGAGCCUUUCUUUGUGAGAAGGGUUCUAAAAGAAGCGCUUGGAAACAACGUUAGUGAUUUCAAGUUGUUAGUGUUCACUGUCCAUGGUAUUGUUCUUGAGUCUGGGUUUGUUCGAGUCGAUCUUGAUUCGGUUAUGGAUGUUGGUUGUUCUCACAUGCUUGAGGAUCCUCCUUCAGUGUUUUCUUCUGUGGUAUCUUUGAGGUAUACCCUGCCUGAGAUUCUGACUAAUGGUGCUUCACAUAGUGUGAAUAUUAAAUUUCAAACAUUGGGGCAUUUUGUGAACGUGUGUGGAUCUUUGUCUGAUGAUGUUGGGUCGAGGUUGCAUUGUGUUUGUUUGGAUAAACGUAAAUGUGUUAGGCCUUUAGAGUUGAUGCUGGCAAAUUGUGAAUCUAAAGGUAGCGUUAAUGACAGUGGAGAUUUUCAGUUUGGAAAUGAAGUUUUUGAAAUGUGGAAGAUGGUGAAAGAUAGGCUUGCGUUGCCGUUGUUAAUUGAUCUUUGUGAGAAGGCUGGUUUGGAUCUUCCACCUUGUUUCAUGCGGCUACCAAUGGAGCUUAAGCUCAUGAUUUUAGAGCGUCUUCCCGGAGUUGAUUUGGCCAAAGUGGCUUGCACCUGCUCGGAAUUGCGAUACUUGUCCACCAACAAUGAAUUGUGGAAGAAGAAAUAUGAGGAGGAGUUUGGAGAAGUGGGAGAGAGCAGAGGGCGCAUUUUCAAGGAUUUGUUUGCUUUAUCCUGGAAAACAAAUAAGAGGUGGCAAGGGAUUUCUUAUCGUGGUUUUUCAAGACCCUGUAUUCCCCCACCCAACCCUUUUCGAAUUCCUCCAUUUUGGGGUGGAGGAUAUGGUAUGCAGCCAGUAGCAUUCCCUAAACCCCCACCAAGGCGGUUUGUCAUUCCCCCGUGUGUUCUUAGAGAAUUCAAUCAAUAACCUGGCGACUUGAAUUCUCCUUAUUAAGUGAUGUGUAGUGUUCGGCCCAAUCCUUGGUAUGGAAAAUACAUUGCUAGAGCGAAUGCAUCAUAGAUGACUGGUUGUCAAUGAAUUAUGUUUGAGCAUUGAUUCUAGACCCUUUUUUUAAGUUAGUAUUGUGAAUUUUGUGACAAUUUUACUUGUUUAGUCUUUUGGUUAUACAUUUUGAAUAAGAUGAUAGAUUCCAAAUAUGUUGUCAGGACACAGUUGUUCUUCAAUCUCUAUGCAUUGCCUUUGGUUCACAUCUUCCCAUUUAUGCCAAGGGAAAACCAAAAAUGUAUGAACCUCUUGUUUUUUGUUUA